CGAAGCUGCGGCGGCAGCACCGCCUCCUACCCGGGGCCGGGUUCCAGCCCCUCUGGCCCGGCCCACUGGACAUGGAGCGCCGAGCCGCGCAUCCUGAGCACCCGGCGCGCUCCAACCUACUCGUUCGUUUCCCUCAUAUCCUGGGACCAGCUUCCAGACUUUCUCAUCCCAGGCUCUGGAGACAGCAGCCUCCAGACUGCUGAGGGCAGAGGCAGCAUGAAGGCCCCGGGCCGCCUUCUGCUCCUCAUACUGUGCACCUUGACACUCUCUGCUGUCUAUGUCUUCCUGUGCUGCUGGGCCUGCCUGCCACUCUGCCUGGCAACCUGCCUGGACCGCCACCUCCCUGCGGCCCCCAGAUCCACCGUGCCAGGGCCCCUGCACUUCAGUGGCUACAGCAGCGUGCCAGACGGGAAGCCACUUAUCCGAGAACUGUGCCACAGCUGUGCAGUGGUGUCCAGCUCUGGUCAGAUGCUGGGGUCGGGCCUGGGUGCUCAGAUUGAUGGUGCAGAGUGUGUGCUACGCAUGAACCAGGCACCCACUGUGGGCUUUGAGGAGGACGUGGGCCAGCGCAGCACUCUGCGAGUGAUCUCACACACAAGUGUGCCAUUACUUCUGCGGAACUACUCGCACUAUUUCCAGCAUGCCCGAGACACACUGUACGUGGUGUGGGGCCAGGGCCGGCACAUGGACCGGGUGCUGGGCGGCCGCACCUACCGCACACUGCUGCAGCUCACCAGAAUGUAUCCAGGCCUGCAAGUGUACACCUUCACUGAACGCAUGAUGGCCUACUGCGACCAGAUCUUCCAAGAUGAGACGGGCAAGAAUCGGAGACAAUCAGGCUCCUUCCUCAGCACUGGUUGGUUCACCAUGAUUCUGGCCCUGGAGCUGUGCGAGGAGAUCGUGGUCUACGGGAUGGUCAGUGAUAGUUACUGCAGUGAGAAGAGUCCCCGCUCCGUGCCCUACCACUACUUCGAGAAGGGCCGGCUAGAUGAGUGUCAGAUGUACCGUUUGCAUGAGCAGGCUCCGAGGAGCGCCCAUCGCUUCAUUACUGAGAAGGCUGUGUUCUCCCGCUGGGCCAAGAAGCGGCCCAUUGUGUUCGCCCACCCGUCCUGGAAGACCAAGUAGUUCCUGUUGCCAGUGACCACCAGGCCUCGGCCAGGCCUGUGACCCAUUCCAGGCCAGCACGGCUCCAAUAUGAACAUUUAUGACUUUCACCUUCUACCUGACACCAGGUGGAGCCUAAGGUCUCUGUUACCCAGCACUGGGUACACUUUGAGGAAUCUCAGGCCUUGUGACUUGAAGGGGAGUUGAGAGGGUGCCAUUUAUACCGCCUCUGCUUCCAGAAGAACCCACAUCUUCAUCUUGGGGUUUGUCCCACUACCAGGUUGUUUAAGUGGCCUUUGCCCUGGGCCAAUGGCCCCACGUCACCAGCAUUAUGGCUUUGUACCAGUCCUGAUCUUUCCUCUACCUAGCUCUAGCAACAUGGUGCCAUGUUCUCAGGCUGGUGUCCCUGGUUGGUGCACCCUGGAACUUGGGACUUGAUGGGUGUGAGGGCCUUUGAGCAUCAGCCUCCCAGAACUGUCUCAGGAGUGUGCCGGUAAAUGCGGAUUUCCUGGACACUGUCUCUGUGGUAAUGGAUGUGGGAUGGGGGUUAGGACAAGGCCUGUAACUUGUUCACUGGAAGGCAGACUGAGCCCUCCAAGCCUUCUUAGGCUCACAGCUGUCUGCUCUUCCUGCACUGUCUGGACAUCAGCUCUACAGUCUCCUGCCCCAGCAUCCCACAAGCCUGGCCUUUUUAUGGUCUGACCACAGGACUAUGCUGGCCCAAGACAGCCACCCUGCCCUCACUCAGCACAGAGCAGGCCUGGGAGGACUUUUCUGCCCCAUGAGUCAGAUUCCAAAGUCUUUGCCAGUCAGGCUGUCUCUCUCUCUCUCUCUCUCUCUCUCUCUCUCUCUCUCUCUCUCUCUCUCUUUCUCUCUCAGUUUUUCAAGACAGGGUUUCUCUGUGUAGCCCUGGCUGUCCUGGAACUCACUCUGUAGACCAGGCUGGCCUCAAACUCAGAAGUCCACUGCCUCUGCCUCUCAAGUGCUGGGAUUAAAGGCAUGUGCCACCACUGCCCGCCCAGGCUGUCUCUUAACUGUGGGACUUGAUUCCUUUGUAAAACAGAAGACAGAACGCAGCUCAGGGUGGGUGCUACCUGGAAAGGUGUGGUCUCAGGGCCAGCCCUUUCUCUGAAUUUUGCUUUUCAGUACUAAACACAGCCACCGCCUCCAUGUUAAGGAGGGUGUGACACCACCCUGAGGAGGGAGCUGGUGCUUAAUACAGAUGGUUAGCCCAGCCUAGCUUUCAUGAGGUGGCUGAGUUAGGGUGCUCUCAGGCUUGAGAGCUCACUACCCAGGCUCUCCCUCCUUCCCCCUUUGGAAGGCUGAAGAAUGGAGCUGUGGGCUUUAGCUCUCAGCUUCAGAGUUCAGGACCCUCUGGGUGUAACCCAUGCAGCCCCCAGAGCCCUGUGCUUAGUUUAAUCUCUCCUGCUACAAACUUGAAAUUCCUUAUUUUAGGUCUUGGUUUUAAACAAGGGACCUCUCAGUUUCUUUGACCGGAUCCCACAAAUGACAGAACCCAUCAUGCCAAGGACUCUGGUGGCCUAGCCCACUCUCCCUCCUACCCAUUUUUCCAAGGAGUGACUAGAGAUCUGGCACCUGGCCCACAACUCUGCCCUUGUCCCUAUCCAGUGCCAGGUGGCUCGGAAGCCUCAUCUUUAGGAGGGGAAGCAGAGAGGGAAAUUUCUGAGCCAGGGUUGCAGGCUGGGAGCCGAACCGUUUCCGCAGGCCUGGGAGUACUGAGGGGCUGUGGGUGGGAAUAGGACAUUAGUGGGUAGCGAGUGAGACGGAGCAGCAGGCCUGACCCCACUUGCCCAGGCAAUAAAGACAGUAGAAUAGUU